CUCCCCCAACUUCCUGCGUGGAGUGUCACGGUGCAACAUCUCCGUCUCACUCCUCCGAGACCUCAUUGCGUGAAGACGCGUGUCGGGACAAGGAGAAACAUUUCAAACAGAAACAGAAAGCAUUUGAAACAGAAGCCUGGACGUUUGAAGAGGAUGUGAAGGUCCGGUGAUGAACACAUCUUCCACGCAGCGUGUCGAGCCACUGCUCCAAAGUCCGUGGGACUACCUGAGGAUCCAACACCAGCACGUCUUGUCCUCCUUCUACCUGCCGGCGUGCGGCGCCUUCCUCGUCCACGUCGCCUUCUGCGCGCCCUUCCUGCUGCUGGACGUCCUGGCCGGGGUCAGUCCGCGGGUCCACGCCUGGCGGAUCUCUGCCGGCCCGCCUCCGUCUCUCUCCCGGUGGUCGGCGUGUCUGCGGAGGAUCGCCGUCCGCUACCUGACCGCCGUGCUGCCGGUCACCGCGCUGCUGCAGACCCUGCGUGUCCCCGCCGAACUGCCCGAACGCGCGCCGACCUGCUGGCGGCUUUUCGCGGAGGUGGUCGCCUGUCUGCUGCUUUUUGACGCCUUUUUCUUCGCCUGGCACUUCUGCAUGCACAGGGUCCCUUGGCUGUACUGCAACAUCCACCAGGAGCACCACCGGCACCACAAACCCUUCGCCCUGCAGGCCCAAGAUGCCAGCACCCCGGAGCUGCUCUCCCUGCUGCUCCUCGGCCUGGCCAGCGCCUGGUUGGUGGACUGCCACCCUUUGAGUCAAGUCCUCUUCCACCUUCUUAACACCUGGUUGGCGGUGGAGGACCACAGCGGCUACAGUCUGCCUUGGGGUCUGCACAAGCUGCUUCCUCUCCUGGGAGGAUCCCCCCACCACCACACCCACCACGCCCGGCACCAUGGCAACUACGCCCCCUAUUUCACGCACUGGGACCGCCUUUUUGGCACAUACUCUGGCGACUGAUUGUUUUUUCCCUCUCCAACAUAAGGCAUUAUUAUUUAAUAUUUGUACAGACCCCGUUUCCAUAUGAGUUGGGAAAUUGUGUUAGAUGUAAAUAUAAACAGAAUACAAUGAUCCUUUUCAACCCAUAUUCAGUUGAAUAUGCUACAAAGACAACAUAUUUGAUGUUCAAACUGAUAAACAUUCCUUUAUUUUUGCAAAUAAUCAUUAACUUUAGAAUUUGAUGCCAGCAACACGUGACAAAGAAGUUGGGAAAGGUGGCAAUAAAUACUGAUAAAGUUGAGGAAUGCUCAUCAAACACUUGUUUGGAACAUCCCACAGGUGUGCAGGCUAAUUGGGAACAGGUGGGUGCCAUGAUUGGGUAUAAAAACAAGCUUCCCCCCAAAAAAUGCUCAGUCUUUCACAAGAAAGGACGGGGCGAGGUACACCCCUUUGUCCACAACUUUGUCAAACAGUUUAAGAACAACGUUUCUCAAAGUGCAAUUGCAAGAAAUUUAAGGAUUUCAACAUCUACGGUCCAUAAUAUCAUCAAAAGGUUCAGAGAAUCUGGAGAAACCAAUAUUAAAUGACCGUGACCUUCCACUGUAUCAAAAACCGACAUCAAUCUCUAAAGGAUAUCACCACAUGGGCUCAGGAACACUUCAAAAAACCAUUGUCACUAAAUACAGUUGGUCGCUACAUCUGUAAGUGCAAGUUAAAGCUCUACUAUGCAAAGCGAAAGCCAUUUAUCAACAACAUCCAGAAACGCCGCCGGCUUCUCUGGGCCCGAGAUCAUCUAAGAUGGACUGAUGCAAAGUGGAAAAGUGUUCUGUGGUCUGACGAGUCCACAUUUCAAAUUGUUUUUGGAAAUAUUCGACAUUGUGUCAUCCGGACCAAAGGGGAAGCGAACCAUCCAGACUGUUAUUGACGCAAAGUUCAAAACUCAGCAUCUGUGAUGGUAUGGAGGUGCAUUAGUGCCAAAGGCAUGGGUAACUUACACAUCUGUGAAGGCACCAUUAAUGCUGAAAGGUACAUACAGGUUUCGGAACAACAUAUGCUGCCUUCUAAGCGCCGUCUUUUUCAUGGGCGCCCCUGCUUAUUUCAGCAAGACAAUGCCAAGCCACAUUCAGCACGUGUUACAACAGCGUGGCUUCGUAAAGAAAAGAGUGCGGGUACUUUCCUGGCCCGCCUGCAGUCCAGACCUGUCUCCCAUCGAAAGUGUGUGGCGCAUUAUGAAACGUAAAAUGUGACAGCGGAGACCCCGGACUGUUGAAGGACUGAAGCUCUACAUAAAACAAGAAUGGGAAAGAAUUCCACUUUCAAAGCUUCAACAAUUAGUUUCCUCAGUUCCCAAACGUUUAUUGAGUGUUGUUAAAAGAAAAGGUGAUGUAACACAGUGGUGAACAUGCCCUUUCCCAACUACUUUGGCACGUGUUGCAGCCAUGAAGUUCAAAGUUAAUGAUUAUUUGCAAAAAAAAAAUAAUGUUUAUGAGUUUGAACAUCAAAUAUCUUGUCUUUUUAGUGCAUUCAACUGAAUAUGGGUAGAAAAGGAUUUGCAAAUCAUUGUAUUGUGUUUAUAUUUACAUUUAACACCAUUUCCCAACUCAUAUGGAAAAAGUGGUUUGUAAUUAUGUAAGAAUGAAAGUGUUUCCAUGCUGGAUGCUGGUUAUUUUCCAUACUUAACCACAGUUCUGUUUUGAAAAUAGGGAAAUUGGGAAGGUCCCCGCAAUGUCACAUGCUGUUUUUUUGGAGAAUGAAAGUUAAAAACAGGAUAGUACUGCGGCAGGAAAGAAGGACUGACUGAUCACAUACAUUUUCUGUGAACCGGAAAGUUUUGUAUGCAUUCAGUAAAAUAAAGUCUAAGAUUAUUUCAA